CAACCCACUCUGAAUAACUCAAUAUUUUAAGUAACACAAUAUUUAUAUAGUCUAAAUAUAUGGUAAGACCUUUUCAAUUACUUUUUGUGAUAGUAAUGCACAGUCCUACAAAUAACUUUAAGUGUUCAAUUAUAACUUUCCCUCCACUAUUUUAAAUUUAGGAACUUUUAACCUAUACGGUUAUUCUAUGGUGGUGACUCAUCUCAUGACAUUUCGUUUCUGUCACAAUAUUUUGAUUAUUUGCAUUUUAACAACAAAGACGUUCAGAUAACUUGUUGUCGCACUUAUACACUCCCAGAUUUAGAAGACAUUAUGAUAUCUUAAUAGUUUAUAAAAGUUAAUGUGUCACUAUCGGAGUGGUGAAGAGAACAUUUGAAACAUGUUGCUGACUAAAGGAAGUUCUUGUGACAAUUUGUUAUACGACGAAGCUUGUUUGAGGAUAUACAAUAAACUGAACGACACGGUGACUGUUUAUGGGCAGUAUGAUCAAUGUCACAAAUGCGACUUCCAAAAUUUGACUACUCUUGCUCCCUAUCAAAAUUCCUCUUUGGUAAUUAACACCAGAUCCCCAUUUGAGCUGUACUAUGUGAAUAGUGCAAAUGUGACACACUGCAGUUUCAAAAAUUUAUUCUACGAGCAUUAUGAAUAUGGCUGGAAUAUCUCAGAAAAGUGCACAACAGCAUAUAUUCAACAGCCAGCAGAUAAUGCAUAUUUACCUAUUCUAACUGCUUUCAUUGUUUUAUUUUUCAUUGGGACUGCUUGGUAUAUGGUAAAAUGUAUAUAUAAAAAUAGUCAUAGACUUAGGUCACUGCUAACCUGGAACACAGAAUUAGAGGAUGAUUUGGGAAGUUCAUCCAUGGGAACACCACUAGUUAUUGAACGAAUUCCCUCAGUUCGAAAACAUCCACAUAGAGUCAAGUCAAUAGAUGUAUUCCGAGGUCUUUGUAUUAUGCUUAUGAUUUUUGUCAACUAUGGUGGAGGCAAAUAUUGGUUUUUCCAACACUCUGCCUGGAAUGGAUUGACUGUUGCAGACUUAAUUUUUCCUUGGUUUUUAUGGUUGAUGGGUAUGUCACUUUCCAUAUCCCUUCAAAGUAAAUUGAGAAGAGCUGUACCAAGAAGAACGUUGAUCGUCCAUGUAAUCCGUCGCUUCAUUAUUUUGCUUCUCCUUGGGAUAGUUAUUAAUUCGAAUAAGAAUUUGUCAACCAUUGCAGACAUUAGAUUGCCUGGAGUAUUACAAAGAAUCGCUUUUACUUACUUGAUUGUUGGAUUGUUAGAAGUCUGUUUGACUAAACGAAUGGAGAUAGAAAACGCCUCUCCUAUAUUUGACAUUGUAUCUGCUUGGCCUCAAUGGCUAUUCAUUACUUGCAUAAUAAUUAUUCAUACAUGCGUGACCUAUCUGGUUGAAGUGCCCGGAUGUGGUCGUGGUUAUGUGGGACCUGGAGGAUUAGAUGAACAUGAACAGUUUGUGAAUUGUACGGGGGGUGUGGCUGGAUACAUAGACAGAGAAGUGUUUGGACGUCACAUGUAUAAAGGGGCUGUUUGCCGUAAAGUUUACGAAACCAAGCAACUAUUCGAUCCUGAGGGAAUUUUGAGUACUUUCACUUCAAUUCUCACCGUUUAUUUGGGAGUUCAGGCUGGUAGAACUUUGAAUACAUAUCAAAAUGUACGUUCUAAAGUUAUUCGAUGGAUGAUAUGGGGUAUUGGUUUGAGUAUCAUUGGGGCUGGUCUAGCGGAAUUUAAGAGAAAUGACGGUUUGAUCCCAAUAAAUAAGCAAUUGUGGUCAUUAUCAUAUGUAUUUGUGACAGGAGGCUUUGCUUUCAUCAUACAAACUGGUUUAUUCUUAGCUGUCGACAUUUUCAGAAAGUGGGGUGGGAGACCAUUUUUCUAUCCAGGAAUGAAUGCUAUAAUAUUGUAUGUUGGCCAUGAGUUGUUCAACAGUACUUUUCCUUUUGCUUGGAAACCCACCACACAAACUCAUGGUACCUUUUUAUUUAUGAACUUAUGGGGUACAGCACUUUGGGUUUCCAUUUCAAUUUACAUGUAUAAACAUAACGUAUUUGUCUCUAUUUGAGCCGACUAGGUAUAUUCAAUUUCAGAAAUAUAUGAACAUUGAAAUUUGCAAUAAUUUUAUACUUUCAUGUGUUUAAAUAUUAUACAAAAUUAAGGCUAGUUCUUAAUCUUAAAAUUGAUUUCUGGACUGAUUUAUACCUAUUGAUAUUGAAAAUUGUAAUCGUUUAAGGUUAAUAUAUUAAUAUUAUAAUCAGAAUUGUGAUUUAGUUGACUAAUUAACUUGUAAAUAUUUUAUAAUAAUUGUUCUCAACGAUUUGUAAUGGAAAAUUAUUUAUGUUAAUAAAGUGUUAUAUUAGUA